AUGCCAUCGCACCACGAGGUCAGUCUGCCUCAUGAGUUAACUACAAAAACACAAACAGCUAAUCACUGCAGUCUGGUGUAGAUGUCUUUAAACUCUUCAGCUUCUACACACAUAUAUCUGUGGUCUUUUUUCUGAAUCUUUAGAGGUUUCUAGAGUCAAUCAAAGGGCUCUAUUUUCGUGCCUCGCCGGCGACGCGGCGCAUUAGCGGCGUAAGUGAGGUCCGCCGUGCCGACAAGGCGUUCCCAAGCACAAUUUGGUAUUAUGGUGAGCGGUGCAGCCCGGCGUAAGUAUCCCCCCUCCCUAACUCAGCUCCUCCCAGCGGCGUAAGUCGUAGCGAAGGAGGAGAGAGGGCGUGGAGUGGGUUUAACACAGCCGAGACCUGUUUUCACCAAUCACAUAAGCUCCUCUCCUUGCCUUUAAAUCCGCCACAGGCGAGGCGUAUUACAAUUUUCAUGAAGUAGUCAAAGAGAUCAAGAGAUGUCUGAAGACAGUUAUGCCACACGAUGGCGACAAAGGGCAGCUCCUCAACAAGUGUCACUUUAAGCGCUGCAUUGGGCGUCCUCCACACUCUCUCAUAUGACCACAGAUGGAUUUGGUGUGUGUAAUGUUGGACCCACUGGUAAGACGAACACCCUUUUCCACAAAUAAAAACACUCACAUAAAGUUGCUCAUAUUCAAACCUCACGUGACAAAGGUGGGUAGAGCGCACAGAUCACAACAUAAACUCCAAAAAUGGCAUUAAAAUCGGAACCAUCUGUGCGUAAAUGACGCAUCGCGCUCUGUGGCCGGGCUCUUUCUUUCAUAGAUGUUGGCAUAUAGAAUAAAUUUGGCUCACAAAACUGAAUAUUAUAACAUCCGUAUGUCGGCUUAAAGUAGAUAACGCAUCUGAGCACUGAAACAAAUCAUCUGUUCAGCCGCUGCAGGACGUAGAGAGGACACGGAGACAUGUCCAGGUCAAGCUGUGCGAGAAAUAAGAGGAAGAGGAAGAAAGAAAAGGAGGGAGACAAAUUAAAUAUCUUGUUAACUUCAUCAUGUGUGUGUCUAUUUACUAGAUAUUUAAUUUAAUUUGAUGCGGUUUCAGCUGUGUUGAUUCGGUCAGGUUGUGUGUCCAAACGCGUGCCAAACGCGCUCAUCAGAUCAGAUAUAGAUCAGAAUAUAUCGAUAUAGAUCUAAAUGUAUGUGCUGACUCAGAUUAAUAGUUGUUGAUGAUUAUUUAUUGCACUGAAAUCUGCCUGACACUGUGGAAACCUGCCAGUGAGGCAUCAGUGACGUAUGCAGAUACGCCGCCGGUCUACCAAAAUACUACAAGACCAGCUGCGUUCCGCCUUGCGCUGAAAGCUGACCAGGUUUGAAUCGGCGAGCUUUCAGCGCACUUUACACGCCAGUGUCGAGCACGAAAAUGUCACUGCGCCCGCUGAUUCUGUCGACACCUCCCCCUGCCACGCCACCACGCCCAGCUUGGCGGAUCUCGGUUCGCCUCCUUGCGCCUCAGUCCACGAAAAUACCAAACUGGCUGUACGCCGGGCUCCGACAGACGAAAAUACAACUGCGCGGGGCUCGCCGCCCUCCGCCGCCUCACGGGCGUACAUGAAAAUAGAGCCCAAAGUCUCACAUUCAGAUAAAAAGGUCACGAGGACGGAGGAAACUGGGAAUAUGGAUGGAAGUGAAGGAAUCAGGGUGGGGUCUGAGUCUGCACACCUGAAGGCUGCAGAUUUAGGACUGCAUAUCUAAGACCACAGUUCUGAAAUGCUUGUUUAUUUUGGUAUAGCACCUUCUGCUCAACUGAGACCAAAUUCUAAUUGUCCAUCAUGUCAAUUUUUGAGGUGAACUUGAACUUUGAGUGUCUAACCUGACUGUUUGGGGGUUUAAAAAACAAUUUCAGUGUUUUAAACAUUGAUCCAUGCUUUUAUCACAUCCAGAAUAGUUUUCUAUAUGGUUUGGCCUUCAGAAUUAUCAAUAAAUUAUCAAUACAUCCAAAACUCUGCCACACAUCACUCUAGUCUUCCUUCUUAAAUGUCUUUAAGUGCCAUGAAAAGUGGUCUAUUAAUAAAAUGUAUUCUUACUAUCAGGGUGUGCACCAGGGUGUGUUAGGAGCUGGCGUGUGGUCUCCUAACAGGCGGUCCUGUUCCGAUACCUUGGUGGGUUCAGAUCUGCUCCAGUGAGGGUUUGAUAAUUCUCCAUCAGACCUGCUGAUGUAGGAGGCAGAGAGUCAACAGGAGGUUUUCUUUUAAAACGGCAAAAAACUCAAAACUUCACUCAUUUCUGAUAAAAACGUCUCAUGAGGCCUCAACUUACAUGGAAAAAAAAGUUUUAUUUACAUACUGAUAAUGCCACAGAGAAAAAAGUCAUAAUAUGAGAGCAUACACCAGAUUAUGAUAAUAAUGCUGUUAAAAGUCAUAAUCUCAUUUUGUAAUCUCUUGUUUGCUUUUGAAUGUCUCAGUGAGGCAUCAGUGUCAGUUCCAUCAGAUCUCUGGUGCAUCCCUGAGGGGGACCUGGACUCUGAAUUGGGAACCAAUGACCUAAACAACAACAUCCAUCCUGAUUUGAAGGUAACAGUGUCUUCUAUUUCUUCAUCUGAGUGUAAUAAAAGUGAAACCACACAGUUGUUCUUUCACACGCUGCUUAUUUGUAACAGACGUCUUAAUUUUAAAGUAACUUCAGCUGUUCAUACCUGCAGAGAAGUAGAAAGUGAAAGUUCAAGAAUAAAACAAAGGCGGUGAAGUGAAAGUAUCUCUGUCUAUCUCUGAGUAUCUCUGAGUAAAUGAAGUCUUUUUUUCUGUUUGCAGGUCAGAGACUCUGAGCUGUCCCACAGAUCACAUCGUGUCCUCUCAUAA